AUGGGUCCCUCUAUUUCGGUUUGCUACAGAUCUAUCCUCUUUGUUUUAUUCCUUAUAUGUUUUGGUCUUGUCCUUCUGGUACAUCAACUAACACAUUUAAGCUUAAGCUACACUACCCCUGCUGGUCAGUACAAUUUAGAGAAUGCGGAGAAGGGCGGUUAUGCUGUUGGUGCUUUCAAUGUGUAUAACCUUGAGGGAAUUGAAGCUGUUGUUGCAACAACAGAGGCUGAAAAGAGUCCUGCUUUCCUGCAGAUUCACCCCAGUGCUCUGAAGCAAGGUGGAGUCCCAUUGGUAGCAUGUUGCAUUGCUGCUGCAGAACAAUCCAGUGUGCCUAUCAGUGUUCACUAUGAUCACGGCAUUUCCAAGUCAGACUUGCUUCAAGCUCUUGAAACGAGCAUAACUUCCUUGCCUCAUGCAAAAGGUUUACUUGUGGAAGCUGAGUUGGGUAGGCUCUCAGGCUUCGAAGAUGGCCUGACCGUUGAAGAAUAUGAAGCAAGAUUUACUGAUGUUGCCCAGGUUGAGAGAUUUAUUGAUGAGACAAGCAUUGAUGCUCUAGCAGUUUGCAUUGGAAAUGUUCAUGGAAAAUAUCCACCUAGUGGACCAAACCUCAUAUUUGAGUUUCAGUACAAUCGCAGAAGAAGAUAA